AUGGGAACCGUAAGCGAGACGAUCCCACAGAUUUCCAUCAGCUUCGUAUCUGAAGAUAACAAAGCACUGGGUGAAGCUGGAAUUCUCGUUCCAUUGGAUAUUACGACCAAUCAGCUGCAAAUUUUAUGCAACAACUUACUCGGAAACAGGCAAGGACUUUUUUACGCAAUUGCAGCCCAUGCAAUGUUCAAAAGUUAAGUGAAGACCCAGUCCCCAUCUCUUUCUUCGCUGUCAAUGGAGAGACGAUCGUUGACUCUAUUCAAAGAUCUCUAAAAAAUAUUGAUUUCGAAACGGUGGGAAUCAGUCCAUUGCACAACAAUUUUUUUUUUAUUUUCAGACAAUCAAACUUGUUUAUCAACCACAAGCAGUUUUUCGUGUACGUCCGGUGACACGGUGUUCCGCAAGCAUUCCAGGACACGGCGAGCCAGUAAUUUCCGCGCAGUUCAGUCCUGAUGGACACGGUUUGGCCAGUGGUUCUGGAGAUACAACUGUUCGAAUUUGGGAUAUUCAAUUAGACCUGCCUCUGUUCACCUGCAAAGCUCAUAAAAACUGGGUUCUUUGUAUCGCUUGGUCCCCUGACGCUUCGAAACUUGCAUCAGCAUGCAAAAAUGGCGAGAUCAACAUCUGGGAUGCCAAAACUGGAAAUCAGAUGGGGAAAACGCUGAAAAGACACAAGCAAUGGAUCACCAAUCUAGCAUGGCAACCAAUGCAUAAAGACCCAGAAUGUCGUUUGUUGGCAUCAUCAGGAAAAGACGGAAACGUAUUCAUUUGGGAUAUUGCCAAAGGUGCUGUUAUGCACUGUUUGAGCGGACACACAGCCUCAGUCACUUGCCUCCGAUGGGGAGGCGAAGGUUUGAUUUACACAGGUUCUCAAGAUAGAACUGUCAAAAUGUGGAGAGCUGAAGAUGGCACUCUCUGCAGAAACAUGACUGGUCAUGCACACUGGAUCAAUACGCUUGCACUGAAUACCGACUAUGUCCUGCGCACAUCGUGUUUCGAGCCUAGCAAAAGAUGUAUUAAACCUGAAACAAUUGAAGACGUAUGAUUUUUCUGUAUUAAACAAGUAAACAAGUUGCUGCGCUCUUAACCUUUCAGUUAGGGAUGCAGAACAGGCGCCUGUUUUGCAAAUAGCGUGUGUUUUAGCGUAAAUAGCGUGUGUUUUACAAAACAGGCGCAGGCGCCUGAAAUCGCCUGUUCUGCAUCCCUACUUUCAGUGUUUGCGUACUCAAUUGACCGAGCUCAAGCCUAAUUUCAGAAAUUUUGGCUUGAGUCGACAUGCACUGAAGGGUAAAGAGAGAUACACUGAGUUUGUAUAUGAUUACAAGACUCAACUGGCGACUAACGCCGCCGUCAGUCUUGUGUCGGAGCCUUCGGCUCCCACGGAGUCGUGGAGGGGAACAUUGGCGCAAGUGCGCUCUAAUGAACUUUUCAAAAAUUUCGCUUUGGUCUAAUGCUUAAGCAUAGGGGCGCUACGCAAUCGACCGUUGGCGGAAAUUCAAAUUUUAAUUUUCAAUGUUCCUGCCACGACCCCGUGGCUCCUCCCUCCCGUGGCUCAGACCGAGCUGACGCUCGGAAGCGGCUACGCCGCUUGUUUGCUUCUCAUAGCUGUUUGAGAGUUCACGUGUCCGUUUCUUCAGUUCUCCGUCACACUUUUUCGUUUUAGAAAUGAAGUGGGGACGGACAAACGGAGAAACAAACAAACAAACAAACAAAGAGACAAACCCGUGAAGACUUUUAUUAAUAAGAAUGAUGAUGAUGAUAUUUUUAUUCAGGGCCAGAAAAUUGCACAACAGCGAUAUGACACGGCAUUGAAAAUUGCUGGAGGAGAAAAGCUGGUCAGUGGAUCGGACGACUUCACUUUGUUUCUAUGGAGCCCUAAAGAGACUAAACAGGCUGUUAGCCGAAUGACUGGACACAUGCAACUUGUUAAUCAAGUCGUUUUUUCACCGGAUACAAGGUAUAUCGCUUCCGCAUCGUUCGAUAAAUCGGUCAAGCUGUGGUGUGGCCGGACUGGAAAAUACAUUGCUUCGUUGAGGUGACCACGAUUUCUCUUCUCUAUUAUCUUGAAUUUCAGAGGGCAUGUCGGUCCUGUUUACCAAGUAGCUUGGUCUGCGGAUAGUAGAUUGCUUGUAUCUGGAUCGUCCGAUUCCACACUUAAAGUAUUCGAGCUGAAAACUCGAGCUUUGUACUACGAUCUGCCCGGCCACGGAGAUGAAGUCUUCACUGUUGAUUGGAGUCCAGAAGGAACAAAAGUGGUCAGCGGCGGGAAAGACAAAGUUCUCAAACUUUGGAGGCAAUGA